ACUAUAUAAACACAUAGCUUGCUGAUACUAUAACUAUCAAAGUUAAACCAAAACAUUCACAAACUAAGUACUAAAUUCUCAAACUCUUAUAUUCAUCGAAAAAAAGGUUAAGAAAUGACAGGAAAUUGUGAGAAUUAUGCAAUCGGAAUCGACUUAGGAACAACCCGUUCUUGUGUUGCUGUAUAUAUGCCUGAUCAUGAUCGGGUAGAUAUCAUAGGAACAACGCUUUCUUCUGUUUCCUUCACUGAUACUGAAAAAAUUAUUGGUGGUUUUUCUCGAAACGCCACCAAAACUGUUUAUGAUGCAAAAAGACUAAUCGGUAUGAAAUUUAGCGACGAUGUAGUUCAGAGUGAUAUGAAGUUUUUGCUAUUUAAAUUAAUUAGUGACGUCAAUGACGAACUCAAGAUUGUUGUCAAUUACAAAAAAACGGAAAGACAUUUUACACCGGAGAAAAUUUCAUCGAUGGUAUUGGCAAAAUUGAAAGAGAUUGCUGAAGCUAAACUUGGAAGAGUCAAAGACGUUGUUAUUAGUGUCCCGGCUUGUUUCAGUAACUCCCAACGCGAGUCAACUCGAAAGGCAGGUACUAUGGUAGGUUUUAAUGUCAUGCAAAUAAUCAAUGAACCUAGUGCUGCAGCCAUUGCAUAUAUUCACACUAAACCUAGUAAUCAUAGCCGUAGAAAUGUUUUCAUCUUCGAUUUGGGUGGCGGUACUUUGGAUGUGUCUAUUCUCACACUUGAGAAUGGUGCCAUCAAAGUUAGGGCCGUUGGCGGAGACACUCACCUUGGGGGACAAGACUUCAAUAAUACAAUGGUGAAAUAUUUUGUGGAAGUGUUCCGGAAGAGGUAUAAAAUAGACAUUAGUGGAGAUUUAACAUCCCUUAGGAGGUUGAAGUCAGCUUGCGAGAAAGCAAAAUUGAUAUUGUCAUAUAAAUAUGAGACCACCAUUGUGAUAAAAUCUUUAAACCGAGGUGAAAAUCUCGAAUCAAAAAUUAGUCGCGCAAAGUUUGAAGAACUCAACGAACAUCACAUCAAAAAGUGCAUGAAGAUUGUAGAAAAGUGUCUAGAGGAUAGUGGGAUGGUCAAGAGUGACAUUCAUGAUGUUGUGCUUGUUGGCGGCUCUACUAGGAUUGUAAAGCUGCAUCGACGUUUAAGUGGUUUCUUUGGUGAGAAGAAAUUAUGCAAAAGCAUCAAUGCUGAUAAGGCGGUUGCAUAUGGCGCUGCUGUCCACGCUGCUAUGUUGAGUGUUAAGCAGAAGUUUCCUUUGAGGGAGGUCAUUCCUUUGUCCCUGGGAUUGAAAACACCAGGAGAAAUCAUGGACAUAAUAAGUCCUAGGAACACCAAAAUUCCUAGGAAUAUGGAAAAGGUGAUCACCACAUAUUUUCCCAACCAAGUCAAUAUUCCGAUUCAAGUUUAUGAGGGUGAUCAGUUGAAAACUUUGCUAGGAAGUUUUGAGAUUGAAAUUCCUCCAGUUCCAGCAGGUGUUCCUAAGAUUCGAAUCAACUUCCAAAUUGAUCAUGAUGGCAUAUUACAUGUCUAUGUCUCGGAAAAACAUCUUGGAAUUCAUAAUAAGAAGCUUGUAAUCACUGUAAGUGACAAGGUAAGGCGGUCAAUGAAGGAAAUUGAGAGGAAGAUCAACGAAGCUGAGAAGUACAAAGACGAAGUUAAGAGACGUAGGAUGAUGGUAGAAGCGGACAAGAGACGUAGGAAGAACGCGAUAAAUGCAGUAAAAAGGUAUGCAUACAAGAUGAAGGAUGCCAUUAAUGAUAAGGAUAUUAGCUUUAUGCUUUUGUCAAAAGAAAAGAAAAAGAUCAAUGAUGCAAUUGGUUUGACUUUACUCUGGCUUCGUGUUAAUCAUGAGGAUGCAAAACAACAUGAAAUUGAGGAACAUAGGAGAAUGCUUUCAAGUGUGUUUGAUGGAAUUAUUGUGAAGAAGAUAAAGGAUGAGGAGCAUGGUGUGCAAGAAAACAAGAAAAAGAAUCAUUGGUUACCGUUAUUACUAAAAUAUACUUUCCAGGUAGUGUAUAUAGCUGCAACAAAUGACAUCACUGGCUUAAUAUCUUCCAUAUUUGUGUCUAAUUAAAUAGGAUAGUGUUUCAUGUAGACACUUUCUUCUAUACACACAUUGUCCGACUUGCUUAUUGUCCGAACUUCAUGCAAAUUGUCCGACUUGCUUAUGGAAGUAUAUAACUUCUGUAUAUGAUUGUAAUACAUGUAUUAGAUAAAAUAUUAAAUAUGUAUUUA